GUUCGCUAGUCCAGAAGCAUAAAAAGGAAAGUGAAUAAAAUAUAAUAAAAAAAGUUUGCAAGAAAAGAAAAUCGCGGACAAAAAAGUCUUAAAUUAAUUUUUUUUAUUUUAAUUCAGAUUGUUGCAUUUUACUUGUCUCUUUGAGUGUAUAUUAAAGUGCAUCAUCUGUUUAGUAAAAUUAUGUUAAGAUACGUGAUAGUGGCACUGGCAUUAUCAAGUGCCAGUGCUUUGCGUGUAAAACGUCAAGAUUCAACAACAGCAAAGACUGAAGAGUCUUUUGAAAAAGAAUUGUGUAAAGAUAAAGAUGCAGGAGAAUGGUUUCGUCUAGUGGCUGGCGAUGGAGACGCUUGUCGUGAUGUCAUUCAAUGCACAUCAUCGGGUCUGCAAGCUAUUCGUUGCCCAGCAGGUUUAUUUUUUGAUAUUGAAAAGCAGACAUGUGAUUGGAAAGAUGCUGUAAAGAAUUGUAAAUCAAAAAAUAAGGAGCGUAAAGUAAAGCCACUUUUAAUUACUGACGAGCCACUCUGUCAAGAUGGCUUCCUUGCUUGCGGUGAUGGUAACUGUAUUGAGCGAGGAUUGUUCUGUAAUGGAGAGAAAGACUGUAACGAUGGAUCUGAUGAAAACUCUUGUGAUGCUGAAUCCGAUCCAAAUCGUGCACCUCCAUGCGAUCCUGCAGUGUGCGUUUUACCAGACUGCUUCUGCUCAGAGGAUGGAACUAGCAUACCCGGAGAUAUUCCAGCCAAAGAUGUACCACAAAUGAUUACAAUCACUUUCGAUGAUGCCAUAAACAAUAACAACAUUGAAUUAUAUAAAGAAAUGUUCAAUGGAAAAAGAAAGAAUCCAAAUGGAUGUAACAUUAAGGCAACGUAUUUCGUAUCACACAAGUACACAAAUUAUUCAGCCGUACAGGAACAUCACAGAAAGGGACAUGAAAUUGCAGUUCACUCAAUUACACACAAUGAUGAUGAGAGAUUUUGGUCAAAUGCAUCAGUUGAUGAUUGGGCAAAAGAAAUGGCUGGCAUGCGUAUAAUUGCUGAAAAGUUUGCUAAUCUUACUGACAAUUCAGUCGUUGGAGUUCGUGCCCCGUACUUGCGUGUCGGUGGUAAUAAUCAAUUUACGAUGAUGGAAGAGCAAGCAUUCUUAUACGAUUCAACAAUUACUGCACCACUUUCAAAUCCACCUCUAUGGCCUUAUACAAUGUACUUCCGUAUGCCACAUAGAUGUCACGGAAACUUACAAAGUUGCCCAACAAGAAGUCAUGCAGUUUGGGAAAUGGUUAUGAAUGAGUUAGACAGAAGGGAAGAUCCUAAUAUUGAUGAAGAUAUUCCAGGAUGUGCUAUGGUUGAUUCGUGCUCAAAUAUCUUGACAGGUGACCAGUUCUAUGCCUUCCUUAAUCACAAUUUCGAGAGACAUUACGAUCAAAACCGUGCUCCACUCGGAUUAUACUUCCAUGCUGCAUGGUUGAAGAACAACCCAGAGUUCCUCGAUGCCUUCUUAUAUUGGAUCGAUGAAAUCUUAGCAAAUCAUAGUGAUGUCUAUUUCGUUACUAUGACACAAGUUAUUCAAUGGAUGCAAAAUCCAAAGACCUUAAACGAAAUCAAGAACUUCGAACCAUGGAAGGAGAAGUGCGCUGUUGAUUCAAAUGCCAAGCCAGCUUGUUGGGUUCCAAAUACAUGCAGAUUAACAUCAAAGGAGGUGCCCGGCGAAUUAAUCAAUCUCCAGACCUGCGUUAGAUGUCCAAAUAAUUUACCGUGGUUAAAUGAUCCAACUGGAGAUGGAUUCUUCUAAAAAGCAAUACUUAAUUAGCAGAUGAAUGUUGCAUCACCUUAUAUCUGUGUAUACUGUUAUAGAAAUCUACUCUAAAAUCAACAAGCCUAUUCUCAGUUUUUAUUAAUUUCAUAAUUUUUAAGACGUUUAUUUUGUCUUCAUGAUAAUUUAAUAGAAAUUUAUUUUUAUUACCUAUGUAUUAUGUGCCAGAUUAUAGUAAUUUUUUUAAUUCUCAUUUUUUCUUAAUAAUUUCCACGCACUCGUUUGGCAAUUUUUCAACAAUCGUUUUGCGUCAAUUUUACUUUCUUUUUGUUAUUUAUUCCAUUUUUUCCCGUACCUAUUUUUGUCUUGAAUUGUACUUCUUAAUGAGUGUAACUACAACAGAGGGAUUAAUUAUUCCUCUAUUUCUAUUUUUAAGGCUGAUUCUGUGACUGUCGACAUACUUUCUUUUAUGAAGGAAUCAACAUUUUGAUACUUUCAUUCUCCAUAAUCGAAACAAUUAAGAAAUUCGGUCAGUAUUAGUUCCGUUUUUGAGAUUUCAUAAUCAUUGGUUAUCAUAAAGUUUCAUUGAACAUGAAGAAAUGUAUUAGAAUCAGCUAUGGGAAAAUAGUCAGUCAUUAAUAAAUUUGUGAUUCACUUUGAUGCUCUCGUAGAUUUCACAUGUAUUCUCAUUUUUAUUAUUUUAUUUACAUGAUGGAAUAUACUCCUAAUGUUCUAGUAAUCAAACAAUUGAUUUUAUUCUAGUUUAAACUACUUCAAUUUUUAAUAAAGAUUGCAUGAUUACUAGAGAUUAUAGGAAUGAAAGCACAUCAAAGUGAAUUAUGAAUGAUUACAUAUGAGGAGAUGCACUAAUUAAGAAGCUCAUUUCUGUUUUUAUACUUUUUGAUAUUCUUCUGAUAUUAAUUAAUAUUGUUUUGUGAGAUUGAAGUCAAGUUAGUUGAAAGUUAUGCUGAACUGAUAUGUACUAGACAUUAUUAACAUUUUGCAACAAUAGAAUUUCAAUAAAUUUUUUAAAAACAUAA